CUCGCGUCUUUAUCACAUGACCACCUUUCGCUUUGCUUGCCUAAGAAAGGGUGCAGCGCGCAGGCAGGUUCCUCAUGCAAACGCGAGCCAGCAUGAGCGCAUCUCCUCGUGUUAGCUGUCGCGAAAAGUGGUACGCUUUGCGUGUGACCAACGUCACGCAUGCGUGCUGACGAGGCGAGCUGCUUAGGGUUCCAUUGGGCGGCUGGACGGGAGAGCGUCGAGCAUUCGAGUGUCCUAGUGUGUGCAGUUCUACUGCAGUGGCUAGUAACCAUAGUCGCGCAGUCGCACCUGCGUUCUUGCGACGGGCCUGCUUCCAGAGUCAGGUGCCAUCUCGACCGGUUUCAUCAGGCACGAGAGCGAGCCGAGAAGAGCUUUUAUUUCGAAGCUGCUCGUAGCGGGGACGUGGAUCGAACUUCUGGCGUCGCCGUCGCUGAAGCUGCGAACGGCUCUCGGCGCGCGAUGAAUCUCUCCCAUCGCCGCGCGAUUAGUCCCGCUUCACUCUGGCAUCGCUGAGCGUGUAACGCGUACGAGCGAUUCGAAUUGCGCACCUGAGUUCACGAGUCCGCGAACGCAGACGAGAUUUGAGAACGAGGUCGAGGUUCGCGCGAUAGUCUUCCAGUCCCCGAGCGAUUUCUGAGGCGCCUCAAAAAUCGCGGUCUGCGCAUAGAAUUCCGCCUCUCCGCCUUUUCAGAUCUGGGCUGGUCCGCUUCGCGCUUCUCCUUCCCCCGUCCCCCCCAUCCCCUCCUGGUCGGCUUCCCCCUUCCUUGCGCCAUGGCGCGGAGCUGGAUGGUGGGCGGAACUGCGGUGGCGGCGCUGGCGUCCGUGCUGGCGGCAUGCGCCACUGCGCUGCACGCAUCUGGCGGAGAAAUGGGGCUGCACCCCAUGCCGCGGAUCUUCCCCUUCCUCUGCUCCUGCGAGGACGAGCACGGGGUGCUGGACGAGGGGAUAGCGCGCUGCCAGCUGGCAAGUGACUUCCUGAUAGCCCUCGCGUAUUUCUCCAUCCCCCUCGAGCUCGUCUACUUCUUCCUUCGUUCCAAGGUCUUCCCCCACCGCUGGGUGCUGCUGCAGUUCGGCCUCUUCAUCGUCCUGUGCGGUAUGACCCAUGUGGUCAACAUGUGGACGUACGGCCCCCACCCCAGCGCGGUGGCGGUGCUGCAGACCGUGCUCAAGGUGCUGUGCGCUGCUGUCUCCUGCGCCACUGCCUUCCUGCUCGUCACCAUCAUCCCGGCGCUGCUCAACGUCAAGGUCCGGGAGUUGUUUCUGCAGCACAAGGCCGCGCAGCUGGACAGAGAGAUGGAUGUGAUGAGGCGCAAGGAGGAGGUGGGGCGGCACGUGCGCAUGCUGACAUACGAGAUCCGGCAGUCGCUGGACCGCCACACCAUCCUCAACACCACUCUUGUGGAGCUCGCUCAGGCGCUGUGCCUUGAGAACUGCACGAUUUGGAUGCCGGACGCAUCGGGAUCCUUCCUGGAGCUGACCCACGAGUUGGAGCGCCGGCUGGUGCAAGCCCCGGUGCUGGUCCCGGUGACCGACCCCACAGUCCAGUCCCUCAUCCACACACCCCGCGCCCUCCGCAUCUCCCAAUCCUCCUUCAUCGGCCGGGCCUCCGCCCCCCGUGGGGCCCACAGCACGUCCCUCGCCGCCGUGCGUCUCCCCAUCCUGCCCCUAGAAGCCAUGGCUGACGCUGCCGCUGCUGCCGCUUCUGCUGCUGCGGCUGCUGCUGCCUCUGGGGGUGGGGGCGGUGCAGGGGUUGGUGGGGAGGAUGUGAAUGGGGGUGGUGAUGAGAGGAGUGGUUUGGUUGCUGGUGGCGGCGGUUGGGGGGGUCUGGGAGGUGGUGGAGGAGAGGAGGGAGGGAGUGGGGUGGUGGACGGGGAGGAGAGGAUAGCUGGAGUGGUGCCGUUGUAUGGGCUCAUGGUGCUCGUGCUGCAUGGUGAUGCCAGGAGGCAGUGGAAGGCGCAUGAGGUGGAGAUGGUCGAGGUGGUGGCGGACCAAGUGGCUGUGGCUCUCUCGCAUGCUGCAGUGGUGGAGGAAACACAGCGGCGAAGGGACGAGCUGGAGGAGCAAAACAGAACGCUGCAGACAGCGAGGCAGCGAGCUGAGGUGGCAGUGAUGGCGAGGAACGACUUCCUGGCUGUGAUGAACCAUGAGAUGCGUACACCCCUCCACUCCAUCACCGCCCUGGCGUCCAUUCUGAAUGAGGAGGACUUGUCUCACGAGCAGGCUCCCAUGGUUGCCACCGUGUUGCGCAGCGCCUCCCUGCUCACGUCUCUCAUCACCGAUGUGCUGGACUUGAGUCGGCAGGAGGAGAGUCUGCAUUUGGAGAAGCGCCCGUUCGACCUGCGAAAGUUGUGCAGAGAAGCGGGCAAGCUAGCCUGGCCGCUGGUGCGGUCCAAAGAUUUGCAGUUCACUUUGGAGGUGUCUGGAGUGGUGCCGCGGUACGUGGUGGGGGAUGAGAAGCGCCUGCUGCGACUCAUGCUGCACCUGAUAGGGCGAGCUGUGAAGAAAACAGAUGAGGGCUUUGUAUCGGUGCGGGUGUCAGUGGGCGAUGGGCGGACGCACCCGCCUCACUCCUCCCAAUCCUCCUCCACCGCUGGUGACACCCCCAGUGGGGGCUACAUCCCUGCUGCCGCUGCUGCAGCCGCAGCUGCAGGGGACAAUUCGCUCGGGCUCAAGCCGCACACACCGUGGGAGCUGCUAUUGGGCCAAGACUUGGUCAACAUCCGUGUAGACAUCAAGGACUCUGGGCGCGGACUCACAGCCAUGGAGUUCAAACAGCAUCAGGCGCUGCUGCAGCAGCAGCAGAAGGACGAGGAGGGGGAGGGGGACGGGAGGAGGGAAGCUGGAGGGAAUGAUGGUGUGAGAGAGGGAGGGCAGGCAAAGGCGGCACAGGGAGUAGGGGAGGAGAGGAGGGGAGGGACGAUGCUGGGGUUUGAGAUCUGCCAGAAGUUUGUGCAGCUGAUGGGGGGGUACAUAUGGAUAGAGAGCGGUGGGGAGGGGUUGGGAGCGACGGUGACGUUUGUGGUGCGGCUGGUGCUGGACCGAACCAAGAGGCAGAAUGUAGGGUUUAGGGAGCGAAGAGGAGGGGGGAGAGGAGUAGGAGUCAGGAGGAGGAGAAGCAGGAGGGGGCGGAUAGAUGGGGUGGCUGGUGGCGUGGGGAGGAGUAACGGAGUGCUGUGGAAUAGUGAAUAUGAUGGUGCUGAAGGUGUAGAAGGAGAGGAGAGUGAGGGAGAGAGGGGGAGGAGGGGGGUUAAGGAGUAUCCCUUCAUGGAUGAUGAUGAGGAUGAGGAUGAGGAUGAUGAUGAUGAUGAUGAUGAUGAUGAUGAGGAGGAGGAUGAUGAGGAUUCGUUGUGUAGUGACAGCACGGUUUCAUCCAUGGAUUGCUAUGUACAGGAGCUCGAAGGGGUGCAUGUACUGUUAGUGGAGGACAACGUGGCGAAUCGCAUCGCGACACAUCAGAUGCUGCUGACGCUGCGGUGCCACGUGAGCAGUGUGGGCAGUGCACAGGAGUGCCAGAUGGAGCUGACCACACGCAAGAGCCCCACAGUCCCGCCAGUGGAUGUCGUGCUGCUGGAUGUCUGCAUGCCGGAUGUCGAUGGCUUUGAAGUCGCCCGUCGCAUCCACAACCUCUUCCGUCCUGACGAGCGGCCUCUAAUAGUGGGUCUAACCGCACGCACAGACAGCGGCAUGGCAGAGGCAUGUGUGGCAGCAGGCAUGGAUGCUGUGUUGCUCAAGCCAGUCACAGUUCGACAGCUGGCAGCAACUCUGUGCCACGUGCUGAAUGGCGUGUGAAAGGGAUGCAGCACCACAAGGCCUUAUGCAGCUGCAGCUCCUUCUGAUGAUAGCCCCCAGUGGGAGAGGCACCACCACUAGGUUGGCGCAGUCACAAAAUUGUUCACUUGUGCCAGUGCUGUUUCCCAGUCGUCGAAUCGUGGCGGUUGUAGUGCAAUACCAAGUUUGCUUUUGUAAGAUUUCUCAAUGUUUACCUCUGGAAAAUUUAUUUGUUUGAUGUGCUUCCACU